CUUUUAGUAGGGAAGAAUUGUUGAGCGUAGAUAAUACAUGAUGUGACAUAAGCGUGAUAAUGAAUAUCAUCAAUUGUUCGCUCUGUUAUAAAUAUAUUUGACGCAGGAAUUAUACGCAAAUCUUCAGUCUUUAAAAAGAAAAAAAUGGCUACAGCUGUACCUGAACUUGAAUCUAAACAAAAGGUAAAACAGUAAAACUAAUUGACUAAUUGAAAAAUGCAAAUGAGUCGUCGUAGGCGUAUCCCCCCCCGGUUUACGACAUGUAAAACGAUGAGGCCCUUAAACUUAAACUAACUGUACAAUACAAUAUAACUAUUAGUCAUUUUGGGUAAUUUGUUCAUAACAGUUCAAUCUCAAUCCCAAAUUAAUUAAAUAUUUCAAUAAAACCAGGAUACAUGUAUAACAAAAAUAGCAUAAAUAAUUAAUGACAAAAGUGGCUAUUCGAACCCGGAAAAGAACAAGAGGUUGGCUUUAUUUUAAAAAAUAUUAUUGUUGGGUUUUUAAUACAAAAUUUGGUAUCAAAUGAAAGAUAUGCUGUUUCAGAUUUAGCGGCCCACGACGACUUUGUUUUGGAUUCACUUGCUUCUCCAUUUUAACUAAAAUAAACUACCACAAAUAACAUCAGUAUCAGUGAAUAGCAUUUAGUCUAAGUCUAAGACUUUGUACUCAUUGUCUGAAGACACUAAAAUUAAAUUAGACUUGACUAAAGGCUAAAGCUAAAGGAAACCUGGUCCUAGUAGCAGCGAUUCAGACCAAAUUUUGCUUACAAACGCAAAAAUAAUCUUUUUUAAUAAAUAUAAAUUUCUCACUCUUGAAUUCCGGGUCUGAAUAGCCACAGCUUUUUUUAAAAAGAAUUUAGCUGUUAACCAGAGCCUGAUACUGAUUAACUUUUAGUUUUAGUUAGUUUAGUACUUUUAGUUUUAGGAGGACUGGUGCGAAUGAAUUCAAGAAAAUCCCCUACCUAAAUACUGCACUGUAAAAGAAAUGAAUUAUAGAUAUUUUUUAAAGACAGGAAACGAACUAAAACUCUGUGAAAUGAAAAUCAAGUUUUAUUUUGUUUUCUUAUUCAUCUAUUUUAAAAUGUCAAAAUGUUCGUCAAAGUUUAAAGUUUUUCCGAACCUCUUUUAAUUUAGAGAAGUCAUUAAAUUAUGAUUAUUCAGUGAUGCCUGAACUUGAAAGUCAAGACUUUUCAAGAUUUCUGAUUCAAUCUUCAAAAGAAUUAAAUGGGCCAUUUAGUCGUGGCUAAUUGUUGACCUCAAUGUUGAUUUUAUUAUUUUAAUUUCAAAAAUGACUGAUCAAUCUAUCUCCACACUCCACUGUAACAUAUCGGCAACAAUAAAUACAUUUGCAGUGCAAUAAAAACAUUUUGCAGAGUUUUGUGGUACAUUAUAUUCAGCAUCUUUUGAAAAGUAACUGCUGCUUUGUCUGUUUUCUUUCAAUGGAUGGUAAUAAGGAUGAGAGAAUGCAAUCAGGUAAGUUUGAAGGAAACAAAUGAAACAUAGUAUGGAAAAACCUGAAAAAACCCACUGCAAAACAAUGAACCUGUCAGCAAGAAGCCUUCUUCAACAGAAAAACAAACAGGAACAGAACUAUCAAAAUUACAAUAAACAUUUAGCUGCAUUGUAGUAUCUGAGAGGACAGCAAGAGGAAUGUAAUGAUAAAUAAUAAUAAAGUUUAUUUCAAAAACACACUUCAUCCCCAAAGGCUCGAAGCGCGGUACAAAGUCCAAAAAAACAAACUGUAAUUUACCACAUUUAAAACAAACGCAACACCACAAACCUAAUUAGAGUAAGCCUGGUGCAAGAGAGCCAUUGGCACCAUGGUUAGUCUGGCACUGAGGCUAACAAAGCUGGACAGAGCCUAGCUAUGCCUAUGGGCAUGGCCCUAUCAAUGCUAAUUAAAAAUUAUCACUGGGCUAGUAGAGUUAUUAAUUAGUCAAUCAUGGAUAUUCUGUUGGCCCUACUGUAAUCUGUAUUGUGUAAAGGAGCCUGAUUUAGGAAUUAGGGGCCAUCCAUAAAUGACGUCACACGUCUAGGUGGAGGGUGGGUCACAUUUUUGUGACCCUAUGGGGUUGGAGGGUGGUAAAACAAUGUGGUGUGGAAUUAAAAGGGGAACUUUAUUGAAAAUAAAAUGGCCUUAUUAAGACUAAAUUACAGACAUUUUUAACAUUAUUCUUUUAAAUAACAAUUAUUAUUUUAUUUUUAAACUACGAUCACUGAGAGAAUCAGGUAUGUGAGGUCUGAAAAAUGGCCUCUGAUCAAGUUGCAGGCCCCCAUGGAGCAGGAUAAUCCGGGUGUAGUGACAUUGACAGUCAUGAGAAAGUAUGUCCCAAUGUGAAGACUGGAGCCAUAGCACUGAAGCUAACACGUGUAGUGGGAUGGAUCGAAAAAUGGUUGAUGCGGUUGGGGGGGGGGGGAUCUUGGUAAAUGUUCUAGGGCUGGGAUUCUUAACCUUUUAUCAGUCCUGCAUCCCUUCUCAAUUUCUAAAGUUUUCCAGUGAAAACCCCUCCCACCACUUCUCCCAUUAAAAAUAUAUUGUAAUAAAAAAAUUUAAUAAACAUAAUUUAACACACAAGAUUAUUAAUAAAAUAGAAAUUAUAAUUUUUUUAAAAUCAAAGGUUAGCCUUCCUUUAAACUUAUUUGAAAAAAUGUGAUUUUUUUUUUAGCAUGCACAGGUGAUGUUUACAUGUCAAUAAUAGUCCUGAGAACAUAUUUUUUAUUAAUAGUUAUGUAGUUAUAACCAAGGUGUUCUUUUAACAAUUCAUAUUGUAACAACAAUAACAUAUUUAUUUAUUUAUUUAGGCAUUUUUAUAUAGCGCUUACCUUAAAACUCUAAGCGCUUUACAAUUAUUAAAAAAAUGUAAACUAAGUAAAAUAAAAAUGAGACACUAGGAUUAUAACUACUAUACUUUAGAAACAAUUAAAAUGGCUAUAAAACGAGGACACUUUGGCACGUUUUGGCCUAUACUACAGGAUCAACCCGAGACAGAAAAUGAGGCAGUGCAAGGAGGGUGCAUCACAGGUCAUAGGCGGACCUAAACAGAUGGGUUUUAAGGGACUUUUUGAAAGAGGACGAAGUUUCACAAUGACGGAUAUGGAAGGGGAGCUGGUUCCAGAACGUGGGCCCAUGGAAGUAGAAGGAGCGUUCACCGAUGGUCUUAGUUUUGGUUCUUGGGAUUGAAGGGUUUUAAGGGACUUUUUAAAAGUGGACGAGGUUUCACAAUGACGGAUAUGGAAGGGGAGCUGGUUCCAGAACGUGGGCCCAUGGAAGUAGAAGGAGCGUUCACCGAUGGUCUUAGUUUUGGUUUUUGGGAUUGAGAGGGUUCUAUUGUCAAUGGAAGAGCGUAGUUGUCUUGUGGGGAUGUAAGGAAGCAACAGUUCAGAGAGAUAGACAGGAAAGUGAGGGUCAGUGAACAUAUAGAUUAGUGUAAACAUUAUUUUGUUGAGGCAUUUUUUUUACCUCUUCACUUUUAAGUUUUUAAUGUAGAUUUAAUCAAAUUUUUCUAACAAAUAUUUUAAAGUACCUUCGCAUUGAAAAGACUCUAGAAGAGACAGAUGAACAGAAAGAAUUACCACUUUGGAGAAAGCUAUGCUUUGCAGUAGGCGGAGCACCAUAUCAAAUAACGUCAACAGUUAUUGGUUUCUUCCUUAAUAUAUUUCUGCUUGAGGUUGCUCUGGUGAGUUUGUUUGAGUUUUCAUUUUCUCUAAUUUUUUGUUCUAGAAAUAUUUUUAGAGCUUGUCAUUUUACCUUUAUAGCUGUGCACUGCAAAUAUGGUUUGAAUAAUUGAAUUUAAAUACAUUACAAUUGAUUACAAGAUGAGAAACUGAAGGAUGACAAGAAUAUGUACUUUUUGAAAAUUCUGUAUUUGUAAUAUUAAUGAGUUUUGCUUGUGUGUGAGAGAGUAUACUUGCCUGUAAAGGACCACUUGGAUUAGUGGACAACAUGACUCAAAGUAGUUAUACAUUAGGCCAUAGCUGAAGUUUUCAAGUAAUGUUUAAGGAUGCAGAUAAUAUUUUCUAGUGCAGCAGUUUCAAGUGUACUCAAAAACCAACUAUAAUAUUUUGAGUACUGAUUUCAUAGCAGCUAUUUAAAACAAGGUAUGUCUACAAAGCUUUUAACAUGUACUUAGCAACAAUGGUCACACUGGUACUAGAUGUUAUUUUUAGUUAUUGUUUUUUUUUUAAUAUUUUUUAUCCCAUACUGUUAAAAUGUUAAAAUGAAACUGCUUAAUUGGCAAAUUUAUUACAACAGCUUGAGCCCAAAUAUGUAUCAAUCAUAUUGUUCAGUGGCAAGGCUUGGGAUGCAGUCACUGACCCAACUAUAGGAAUAUUGGUGCAGAAAACAAAUACAAGAUGGGGGAAAAUGAGGCCAUGGUAAGAUUUUAAAGUGGCAUGUCCCUAAACCUAGAUACAACAUUAUUAAAAGUGUAAAAAAUAUCAUGGUCUUUUAAAGUUACAUGUCACUAAAUGUAAAUUCAUCUUCAUUAAAAGGUUGUAAAAGGAUCAUGGUAUUUUAACAUGGUAAUCAUGGUAAUUAACAAAAGUAAAUGUAGUUACAUUUUUAAUAAAAAUGUUAAAGGGUCAUGGUAAUUUAAAGGUAUAUCUAAGGAGAGAGAGGGAGGGAAAAUGGCCCAUUCACAUUCAGAUGGGCUUACUCUCAAAUAUUUUUACAUUUCCCCAUCACCCCCAUUCAUUGACAGAGGGAAAGCCAGGAUCCUGCCUGUUCCUUUGAUUCUUAGGUACAAUUAAUGUAACGUUGAUCCAUAUUUUCAUUUAACUCUUUUUUAAUGAUUCUUUGUUUCAAUUAAUGUAAAGUUGAUCCAUAUGUUCUUUGAACUCUUUUUAGGGAUUUUUGGUUUUAAUGAAUGUAGAUUUGAGCUAUGUAUCAUCUAUGCUUUAAAUCCCUUACUUUUUACAAUUUGCCCUAUCUUUUUUCAAGAAACUGCAAAAGAAAAUCAUAUGACUACUAACAAAACAAUUAAAAUACCAUUUUUUUAAUAUGCAUAUAGUAUAGUAAAAUAAGACUCAGUCUAACAAAAGUAAAGAGCACAUUAAAGGGAAAUUUUCAACAAACUUAAAAAAAAGCUUUUUUAUAUGUCCAGUUUUAGUUUUUCUUGCAGAAAUAUAUGUAAUGCUCAACAAAAGAUGACUAUAUAUCUGCUCGGUUAGUCUUAUUCAAGUUAUUGACUACAUGUCAUUUAAUGUUGCUCAUUUAAUCUUACUGACUACAUGGAGACAUGUCAUUUAAUGUUGCUCAUUUAAUCUUACUGACUUUGAUUCUGACAUGUCAUUUAAAGUUCAUAAAAAUUUAAAAUAUUUAAUGGUACUAAAAUUUGUUGGUAUGUAAUAUGUAUUUUUAUCUGCCAGUGGAGCCCAUUAAAUUAAACAAAGUGCUGCAUUGAGACAUUUAGUCAACAUUACACCAGAUAAUUAAUUGUCAAGCUUAAAUGAUUUUUGCACUUGUGAUUCUUGAAUCAUUAUGUGAUAGUAAUGCUUGAAUGAUUGUGUGCUAGUGAUGCUUCCAUGAUUGUGCUAGUGGUGCUUGCAGGAGUAUGUGCUAGUGAUACUUGAAUAAUUUUGCUAGUGAUGCUUGACUGAUCAUGUGCAAGUAAUACUUGAAUAAUUGUGCUAGUGGUGCUUGAAUGAUUAUGUGCUAGUGAUAAAUGAUUAUGUGCUAGUUUUCUAGUGAUGAUUUAAUAAUUGUGCUAGUGAUUAUUCAAUGAUUUUGUACAGCAGGGCAUUUUUUAUCAUUGACUUAAUAACAGAUGUUGGGGGGGGGGGGGGGGGGGGGGUUUUUUUUUUUUGUUGUUUUUUUUUUUUUUGUUUUUUCUUUUCAUUUUUAGUUCACAAAGAAAUUGUUUUUUUUUUUGCCUUUUUUUUUAAAAAAGCCUUUAUUAAUUUCUUUAUAGGAUUCUUUUCUCAACACCAAUGGCAUGCGCCUGCUACUUCCUUUUGUUUUAUAUUCCUUGGGGAGUAAAAAUUGAUGAAAAGGGAAAUGAAGUGGUUGAUGCUUCUGACUCUGCAAAACUGGGAUUUUAUUUUGCAAUGUAUUGUCUCUUUCAAGGUUUUCUGACUGUAAGUCCCUAGACAUAUCUUAUGAUGAACAAAAAAUAAUCCUAAAACUAUUAUUUAUGUUGACAAAACUAUUUUACAUUUUAAAUAAAAUAUAAUUAUUUUAGAUAGAGUUAUUAUGAUCUUCAAAAUUUUAGAUCGAUUUUUUAUGAUCUUCAAAGGUAGACCUUAUCAAUAUUUUUAUUUUUCCGGAGUUUUAGAUGAAACAAAGAAAAGGGCUGUUGAUAAUUAAAAGAUUACUUUGCAUUGAAAAUGACUGUACUGAAAAAUUUACUUUUUUUUUCAUUUUCCCAGUAAGUCAGUAAGCAUUAAACUUCAAAAUAACUUUUAAGCCUCACACUUUAUUUCUUCCUUUCAAUCAAUCUUUAAGUGUUUGGGCGGGAAAACCAAUGGAUGACAAGGUUUUUUAAAAAAAAAUUUUAUCCUGCAAUUUUUUUAAUUAAGUCAUAAAAUGUUUUAUGAUAUUCAAUUAAAUUCUAGUGCUUACAUGUGCCUUACACUGCAAUGACAAUGUAUGUCACCACACUACAAAAAGAAAGAGAUUCAAUAACAUUUAUACGUGAGUUACAGUUUUUUUAACUAUGAUAUGUGUGACUGAGAUAAUAAAACUGCUUUGGAUUCCACGCAAGUUUGCAUGAUUAAAAAUAAUUGUUUAAGUCUAAUUACUGCUUGAUUGUCAAAAAUGUGCCACCAGUAUGGAUAAUCAAUGUCAUAUUGAAUAUGAACAAGGAUUAUCAAGAGCAAAGAUUGAGAUAAAACCAAUCAAUACAUAUGAUUCUGUUGGUAUGAAAGAAUUUAUGGUGUAAUUGUGAUUUCAAUAGUGUGCAAAAUAAAAUUUCUGAUAAAUAAGCUACAUGAAAUUCUUAAAAAACACAGCAAGUGUGUUUGGUGAAUAAUUUUUUCUUAUGAUUUAUGAAAAUAGUUUUAAUUUAAAUAUAGGCUGAAAAAGGGGGGGAGAGUUAAUAUUAAUAUAAUUUAAGGGCAUGAAAAACAUUUGCGUUAAAAGAUUUAUGGGGGGGGGGNGGGGGGAGGAGAAUUCUUAUCAAGUGCAUUACCUGAAUGCCUGUUUUUUCUCGUAACUCUAGUAGACGGGAAGUUCACACAUUGCUGCUGCCAUCCUUUGACAUAUAGCUAGUACAUAAUACUAAUUUGAUUUUGAAAACUUUCUUGUUUCAGGUAUGGCAUUUGAGGUAACUGGUGUUUUAAUAGCUGUGAUUGUUCAAGGACUUUUUGUUGGCGAUACCAGAUGUAAGGGGGACGAAGGAGGUAAUAAAAACAGCACAAGUAUUGAAACCCAGGUCAGUUGUGAGUUCUAGCAUUACAACAGUGAUGGGGAAAUAUCUUUCUCUAGAUUGUGUAGUAAUUUUUAUGCAUUCCUGUCUUAAGUGCAUCUUUUUAGACGCUUAUGCUUCCAUUUUUCAGUGUUUCAUUAUUACAGCCAUGGAAAGAAUGACAAUGUGACAUCAAUGGAAAGAAUGUGUUACGCACUGACUUGUAUUGGGAGAAAUUAAUCUCCUAUUUUAAUUUUAAUUGGCUCGUUGCAAACAGUGCCUAACAAAGGACGAUACCAUAGAGUCAACAAUAUUAAAGAUACGACACCCAAAACAGUUGCCAGUUACAAUUAAUAAGAUUUAUUAAGUCUUAAGAUAAUUACAAAAGAAAAGAAAAUAUAAUUACAAUCUUCAACUUACAGUAUGGUAGAUCUUGUACCGGUACACAGUUAAUACAGUUAGAAUAAUGUGCCAAUGAAUAAGGAAGCCCUGCCUUCCAGAAAGACUUAUGACGUUUCUAGAACAAUCACAUUCAUUCUACAAAAUACUAUUUGGAACAGAUUAAUUAUUUUUAGUGGCUGGCGGCAUAAACACGACAGAUCAAACGACUAAGCCACACCCCUCUGUGAACACAGCGUCUCAUGCGGGGUCAAUCAGAGGACACGCACGAGACAAAUUAUGUAAACAAGCUCUAUAUAUUUUUAUGCAUUCCCGUCUUAAGUGCAUCUUUUUAGACGCUUAUGCUUCCAUUUCAGUGUUUCAUUAUUACAGCCAUGAAAAGAAUGACAAUAUGACAUCAAUGGAAAGAAUGACAAUAUGACAUCAAUGUAAAGAAUGACAAUAUGACCUCAAUGGAAAGAAUGGCAACAUGACCUGAAUGGAAAAAAUGACAAUACGACCUCAAUGGAAAGAAUAGCAAUAUGACAUCAAUGGAAAGAAUGACAAUAUGACCUCAAUGAAAAGAAUGACAAUAUUACAGCCAUGGAAAGAAUGGCAUAUGACAGCCAUGAAAAGAAUGACAAUAUUUAUGCCAUGGAAAGCAUUGCACAUGACAUCCAUGAAAAUAAUGACAUGUGAUAGCCAUGGAAAGAAUCACAAAAUUAGAGCCAUGGAAAAAUGUCAAGAUACAGUCAUGGAAAGAAACACAAUAUAACGGCCAUGGAAAGAAUGACAUAUGACAGCCAUGGAAAGAAUAUCAUUAAUUUAGCUUCCUACUGAUAUAUUGAUUCAAAUGAAAAUAAGAGAUCUUUUUAGAUUUUUUAAAAUUCUGCCUGAAUUAAUUAGCUUCAUUGAAACUUGGUAACUUAAACAUUAAGGACACAGAUAGAUUCCAUUUUUAAAAGGAUUUUUAAAUACUUUAUAGUCACUUCGCUUUUCUACUGUGUUCUUUUCUUUGUUAUAUUUUCAUUUCUAUUGUUGGCUGAUGAAGGCUUUAUGCCGAAACGUCCUUGUUUUUUGUCCUGUUACCUUAUUUCAAGCUUCCACAUACCUCGUUUCAUUAUUUCAUUCAUUCGCUUUUGUUGCUGGGUGGUUGGCUUGGCUGCUGGCAAAAUCUUCGGACUGCUAAUUGACCCACUUCCCAUAAACCUAUCGAGCUGAAACUUGGCACAUAGACUUGUUGCAGAUGACAAUACAUUCUUUCAAAUUUUCAGCUCCCCCCCCCCCAUCCUACCACCGAAAACCUGUUUUUCCAGGGAAAGAUGAAGUAAAUAUGAUGACCGUGUUUUUAGAAAUAAAAUUCCCCAAAACUGCACUAAAUGAGAUACUUUUACACAAAUAUGACAGUUGCAAUGGAUGCCUAAUAUUUUCUUUUGCUUUUCUGAAAUAGUUUGUAAAAGAAAUCUGUGGUGUAAAAGCAGAUGGGGUCGCAACAGCACAUUUAUUUUACACUCCUGUACCAUAUAAAUAUUCUAAUGACCCACUUACUUUUACACCACAUAUUUAUUAAAUCUUCUAUAUUUUUUAGGGGGGUAGCACUAAUUGGGAUUCUUAUAAUGUGCGUUACUUAUAUGCAUGUUUUGUCAAAUUUUCAGCCCCGCCCCCAAUUGCUAAGGGGUUGUUUAAUUAAAAAUAAAAUUUACCUGUGCAACAAGUGAUUUUUUAUUCGCAAAUAAAAAAAAGACUUCAAGUCAGCUGCUGGGUAACUUGAUAGAAGCUAUCAUGGAAAUUUUGAAUCAUUUUAUUAAAUUGCAUGUUCCUUUCAAUAACAAUGUAGCCUAUAUUUUAAACUCCAGUUUUAUGUGAUUAUAUCGUGCCAGUCAGUUUAGCUAAAUGACGUAAUGAUAUUCUAACACUAAUUCAUUAAAUAAAUUUGUAAACAUUGGAAAUUAAAUUACAGUUUAUAAAAUUAUAAUUAUUAGUUUUUAUUUUGUCCCCAGAAAGAUGCUUACAUGCACAGUUCUUUUGUUGUUAUCUCCCUUUACCUCGUCUGCUGUCUCACAGUGUUCUUUGGUACAAAGGAGAGAAAAGGUCAUAAUGUGCCAUUUAAAGUACAAUAAGGCCAGUUAUUUUUGCAUUUUUUAAAAAAUGUGUAAUUUGAAAAUAUGUUUUAUCUUUAUGUUAUAUCUUUAUGUUAGUUCUUUAUGUUAAAAAUGCAUCAGAUAAAUGGUAGUGAUGUUUGAAUCUAAACUUUCCUGAUUUUGGCAGGUGUUGUUCAAGAUAAAAAAGAGCAUCAAAUGGGAUUUUUCUCUGGGAUUAAAAUGGUGUUCACAUACAAACCCUACCUGUGGGCAUCACUCACAUUCUUGUUCUUGACAAUUGCCAUCCAGGUGAUCAUAAGCAUUUUUAAUGAGAAUCCAAAAAUUUGUACAAAAUGUAUUUUUUCCAAUUGCUCAUCGAUUAAAUGAAUAAAACAAUAUUGAAGAAUUUUCUUUUUUUAAAUUUCAAUUUUUAAGAGGCUAAAAUAAUAAAUGUCAAGACAUUUCAUGCAAUUUAACAUUGAGCAAUAAUUUCUCGUUAUUAUAUUUGUCUACAGACUGUCCAGGGAAACAUAGCAUUGUUCUGUACACACACCUUGAAAGAGGGAGCAGAGUUUUCUAAAUUCAUCUUGGUUUUACUUGUGAGUUGAUGCAUGAGAGAACUUAUUUAUUUAUUUAUUAAGGUUGGCAAUUAAUUAGAAAAGUGGUUUUACUUGUAAGAUGAUGUAUGAAAGGGCUUAUUUAUUUAUUAAGGUUGGCAGUUAAUUAGAAAAGGGAUUGACAACAUUUUAAAGUCAAAUUUUUUAAAGCUAUCUGGUUAUUUUUUAUGGCAUGUAAAUUAAGAUUGAUUUAUAUGAGAAUUAUUUAUAUAAAUUAAGUUCAAGCUAUAUCCAAAAUUUUAAACCAUCUCUUUAAACUUUUCUUUCUCAAAAAUUGUCUCAAGUGUCCUUAAUAGAUGUUAAUGUUAAACAACUGACGAAGCAAAUAAAUUAUUUGAAAAUAAAUAUACCAGACAUUUUGCAAAUUAUCAUAUGAGACCAUUAAGCAAAUUAAGACAAUUUUCAUGUUCAACAUUAAUUAAGGACUAACAGAAGAUUUUUUUUUUUAAUUUAAUGAGACUGUUAAUAUCUAAAAUGAAAAAGUUUUUAAAAGAAAUCUUGAUUUUAUUUUUCUAAUUUUUUUUAAAGGUUGUUUCAAUUGUGUCUAUGCCUGUUUGGCACUUCAUUUCUGGAAGAUUUGGAAAGAAAAAAGCAUACGCUGCAGGCAUGAUAGUAAGUAAUUGCAAUUUGCUUUUAUUUUUAAUCAUCUCCUUAAAUUUACAAUUUAAAUCCAUAAUAUUUUUAAUCCUUCCCAGUUAAUGCUGCCAAUCCUCUUUGCCCAGCUGUUUAUGAAGCCAAACUCAAAAAUUCUCUACUAUUUUAUGAUGGCAUUGGCUGGACUCAGUAUUUCUGUCAGCUUCCUUCUGCCUUGGUAUGUUAGUGUUGAUAUGUUGAAAAAUGUAAUACUUUCAUGAAGUAAAUUUUGGUUUUUAAAUUUGAAAUAAAUUCAAGAGUCGUUCUAUUGUUGUAUAUGUCAUAUAUGACCAUUAUAGCACUUAUGUAUCACCUGUGAUGACAAUUUCAUAAAUGAUCUUAUAAAAGUAUUUUUGUUGUGGAGAAAAAUUUUACACUUUCACAUCUCAAUCAAACAUUGAUCUUAAAAUACUGAUUGCUUUUUGUUGAGUUUGUGGGUGCAAUCUUGUAUUUUUAUAAUACAAUAUAGAGAUCUUAAUCUAAACUUUUCUUCCUUCAGGUCAGUCUUACCGGAUGUCCUUGACCUUUAUAUGAUUGAGAAGAAGACCAGACAUGAUGCUUUGUUCUAUUCCUUUUAUGUUUUUUUUAACAAAUUAGCCUCAGGUUUGGCACUGGCAGCCUCUCAGCUUGCCCUUGAGUAAGUUAAACACAUUAUAAUUAUAUAAUUGAUUUAAUUUGGUUGAUUAAUUUUAACACGGUGAUAUAAUAUCAGUAUCUUGAAUCAAACAUAUUCAAGAACUUGCUGUAGAUCAAAAAAUGGUUCUGAAAUUUCUAUUAAAAAUUUAUCUUUUUAUUCUAAAUAUGAAGUUUUAACAACAAAAAAGUAAGCUAUAAAGAAUUUUUCUAUUUCACUUCAUAUUACGGUAAUUUUUAAAAAGUGUUUUUUUUUUAAUUUCUUGCUUUAUAUCAUAUUUAUAUUGUAAGUUGCCACACAAUAGCAUUUAGAUAUCUAAUAUGCACAUUACUCAAUCUAGCCAUAAAGUAUUUAAUUACAUAAAAUUUAAUGCGCAAUUACAUGUUUCAUCUGAACUAUCAGAUGAUAAAAACAUGAACAAAGGUUUACUGAACUACUAUACUAUUAUAAGACCAGUUGUAAUUUACACAAGUGAUACUUGGUCCCUCACCAGAAAAGUAGAGAACCUGCUCAACAUAUUGGAGAGGAAAAUCCUCAGGAAAAUAUACGGUCCAGUGAUAGACAAUAAGGGAUGGAGAAUCUGUUCAAACCAAGGGAAAUAACAAUUGUAUGAAGACUCACCCAUAGUUGCAACAAUUAAAAAAGGCAGACUGUGCUGGACAGGACACCUUGAGAGGAUGCCGGAUUGUAGAGCAGUAAAUGUGAUCUACAGGUAGAAACCUAAGGGCAGACAGCUCACCGGUUUACCAAGACUGAGAUGGAUCAACAAUGCAGAGAAGGACUUACACCAGCAGGAGGGGGGGGGGUCGUCAGUGGAAGGUUGCAGAAAAAUGUCCGUUUUGUCUUGGGAGGGAUUACCGGACAUGGCAGAAAAUCCAGGAAAUUGGCAUUAUAGAUUACAUGGGUGUGGUCACAGGAGGAAAGAUUCGGGGAGGGGUCGUCAGUGGAAGGUUGCAGAAAGCCAUGGAUCGAUUUAAAUGGAAGGAUGUUGUGGAGCAGGCCGGGCCCUACAUGGGCUGUGCCACCACCGAUGAUUAUGAAGGUUUACUGUGGACCUAACAUCUUAAAAUAACAUCAUUUUUUCCUAUUUAAUGCAAAUAGAAGUUUAUCUUCACUAUUUCACAGAUUUGGUGGUUACAUUUCUGGUGAAUGCUCCCAGCCUGAGUCAGUUAGUGAAACAUUACGGCUGCUUGUCACCCCUGCUCCAGUUGUUCUGGUCAUUUUGGCCUUAAUUUGCCUGUUUAUGUAUCCCAUCGAUGAAGAUAAAAGAUUAUGGAUUAAAGAGCAGAUAACCACCAUGACACUUGAGUGAGUUACAGAGGUCUAUUCAUAACAUUCAUUUUCUUUCUUCCAUUAAUUCACCUACGUUACAUUAAGUAGCCAAAUUUUGCCUGGAAAUUUCUAUACUUGAUUGGACAGUGUUAAAAUUAAAGUAUUCUAAUGAAAAUACAAAGUGUGAAAUUCAGGCAUUCUAUAAUAUGCCUGAGUUUCACACUUGGCUUUUCAGCAUAUGUACAAGAUGAUUCAUGAUCUUUUUUUAACGUUAAUAUACACAGUGGCUAAAUUAUUGUCUUUUGUUGUUCUUGGAUCAUGAACUUAUUCUGAUAAGUUCUCUACUGUUAUUCUGAUAAGUUCUCUACUGCUUUUCUCAUAAAUACCCCAAUGUUAUUCUGAUAAGUACCCCAAUGUUAUUCUAAUAAGCACUAUACUGUUAUUCUUAUAAGUUCUCUACUGUUAUUCUAAUAAGUUCUCUACUGUUAUUCUAAUAAGUUCUCUACUAUUAUUCUUAUAUUCAAAUGUUCAACAGUGAAAUCUUAAUGCUCUUGUUUUGAUAUUGACUACAGCAAUGAAAGUUCUUAUAACUUAUCAUAAGUUAUUUUUUCACAUAUUAUUUGAACAGAAGAAAACCUUUAAAUCAAGUUUUUAAUAUUUGUGCUCAAAAGACUGUUAACUUUGUUGAGAAAACAGAUAACCUGCUAGUUCAUUAGUUAUGCAUAUUUAAUUUUGUAAAGAAAACAUAAAUAUUAAAUUUAAAUUGUACUCGAAAAGUUGCAAGCAUAUCAUAUAGCCCUAUGUCAAAAUUUUCCGACCGUAUAAUAUAUCAUCUAUGCCAUAUAUAUCAUAUAUACUGUAUAUAUAAUAUGUAUAUAACAUAUAUUAUAUAUACUGUAUAUACCAUUUAUACCGUAUCUUCUCAAUUUAUUCCAUGAUCAGCAAAUUUUGAUUUGAUUUCGCACAAGUCGAGAUAUCUUCAGAAUUUUUUACAAAGCACAGAAGAAUGGUUUUAGUUAUAAAUCUUGUUUAUUCUUGUGUCGGGUAACUUCCAAAUUUAGUAAAGUAAAAAUUUAUGUCCGGAUACUGUACCCUUCCACAGAGUUGACAGAGCUCCACAAUUUCUAGACACCAGUAAAAGUUAUGAAAGCAUUCGUCCACAAUCAGAUACAGAGAUGUAAACCACAGAUCAUCUUCAGACAGAAGCUGUGUAUGCAGUUACAUUAUGCUACUUAUACUGACAUGUAAUAACGAGGUUUUCCUGUUACAAUGGGAGGUUUUGUUUCGUCUUUCAAAUAACCUUAUUCAAAACAACGAAAUCACAUGAACAUUUUACUAUUCUUUCCUCUUGUGUAAAACUUCUAUUAAUAGAGUCAUGUCCCUAAAAGUUAUAUUGUGAGAAUAUUUAUUUUAUUCUCUCCACCAUUUCACAGGAUAUGUUAUGCAAUACUGGGCAAGAUUCAAUCUACAUAAAAAUUAUAUUUCUGCUUGUGCACAAUGUAAAACUCAGGGUAAGAUGAACAAGUGCAAAAAUAUUAUUAUUCAUAGCUCAAUGUGCUACAAUAUAAAUAGAUUUUUAAAUUACAUUUAUCGGGCAAAUAAUCAUAUAAUGAUGAGACUUUUUAUAUGGUACUGCACAAAGGAAGAUUUGUAUUUAUUUGAAUUUAUUUCUUCAUUGCAACUUUUUUUAAUCAUAAAAUAUUUUUCUUGGGGACAAUAUUAAAAAAAAAAUUAUUGAGAGUUAACCAAAUAUUUUGCAUUUAUUUAAAAUACUCACUCUGUCUGUUUGUAUUGGUAGAUUAUAAUUUUAUUAGUAAAUCUGUGGAUUGAGUAUUUUUGUUUACACAAUAUAUUUAUUUUCAGAUACACCUAAUUAUUUAUACUGCUGAUUGAUCAAUCAAAAGCUCAAAUUCACAUUUUUUCCUUGAAAAUUAUUUUUUUAAUGGGAAUUUCAAAUUUUAUCAGUAAUACAAGAACAACAUAUCACAAUAUGUAACAAGUAAAAGUAAUUAAUGUGAAAAUGUUCAAAAAUUAUGUAUAUUUUCAAUCUUUCAUCAUAUAGCUAUAUUAUUAAGUGGUUGUCCAUGUGUUAUAAAUAUACUGUACCAAAGUCUUGUUUCAUGUUAUAAACUACGUGAAAGAGUUUUAUGCAAGGAUAUAUAUUUACAAUUGUCUCAUUUGUAUGUUAAAUUUCAGCUACCAUAUUCCGCAGCUUAUAAGAUGCUGUGAUGCAUUAGACGCUCUCCCCCCAAAAAAAAAGUUUGUACCCUGUACAUCACAGACCUAGCUACUAUCCCCAUUUGUUUUUACCCUGUACAUCACAGACCUAGCUACUAUCCCCAUUUGUUUUUACCCUGUACAUCACAGACCUAGCUACUAUCCCCAUUUGUUUUACCCUGUUCAUCACAGACCUAGCUGCUAUCCCCAUUUGUUUGUACCCUGUAAAUCAUAGACCUGGCUGCUAUCCCCAUUGGUUUUUUACCCUAUACAUCAUAGACCUAGCUGCUAUCCCCAUUUUUUGUACCCUCUAUAUCAUAGACCUAGCUACUAUCCCCAUUUCUUCAUAGAUCUAGCUACUAUCCCCAUUUGUACCCACUGAUCACCAUAUUUCAUCAUGACAACGUGACUAAUCAUGACAAAUUCAGGAUGGUGGACUAACUUUACCUGAAAUUGCGGUCCAAUUAUAAGGUUCAGUUUGAUUUGUUGGUAUGAGUUGGUUAAAACAUAUGAUAGUGCUUAACAUAUGCUGAGAAUUUACCCCACAGCCCAAACUAUAACUCCUGUCACUUACUUUUGGUUUAUAGGAUGCAGAAUUCUUUUUGGAAAUAUUUUUUAGGGAAAUAAAUUUGACUUUAAGCUGCAAAAUACCUGAACACUGUAAAAAACAUACACUUUAAAUAUUUUUCUUUUAUCAUAUCAAAAUAUAUUGCAAAUUUCUUCAUGUUAUUUGUGUACGAUAAUAUACAAUUUUAUAAAAGUUUCAUUUGUUAUAACAUAAGUUAUUGUUUGAAAAAAAA